AUGGCUGCUUCCGACGGCAUCGAGCCCUCGAGAACAUAUCUCAACAAUGUAGGCAGAUGCCAGGCAGCCCCCUUCAAUGUUUCACUUCAAUUACGAAUACAAGGAACCGCGUUCAAGCAUAAGUUCGCAGUGCUCGAGAGGAUGCUGACUAGGGAUAUCCAAUUCUUGUUUGGCAUGCUUUUUUUCGAUCCCUGCGUACGGAGCGAAGAUAGGGUGCUCAAUCAGCUAACCUUGCUUUAUGAAGCAAAGACCAAGUACGUGAGGUCACAGCGCGAAGCACCUAAAUAUAUUGAAUGGCCGUUGAGAAACAUUCGUCAGCUGUAUCAAGCUGGAAUCGGGGGCUGUCACGAAUCGGAGCCUGUAACUUCGCAAUUGAUCAAGAUUAAAAUUGUGGGCAAGAAGAAGGAACAGCCACUGUCGCUUAGAGGGGGUUAG